AUGGCCUUUCAGUUCCAACUAAUGCACGGGCCAUAUGUGGUACUUUCUCCGAUUGCCAAGUCCCACCCUUUCGAAGAGCGUCGAGUUCAUGUUGGUUCUGAUGAUGAUCCACUAAAAAUCGGUAGAGCAGUUGCCAGGCUAAAGGCUGCAAAGGACAAUGCAAUUUUUGAUUGCAAGGUGGGCGUUGGCUUUAUCAUUCUUGAGAAGGUACUUUCACGAAAUCAUGCCGUGUUAUCAUAUCGAAAUGGUGGUUUCUUUCUUCGCGAUACGAAGAGCAGUAAUGGCACCUUUGUGAACAAUGAAAGGCUAGCCGUCACCGGUGAAGAAUCGGAAGCACGGCAGAUUUUCACUGGUGACAUUGUUCAGUUCGGAGUUGAAAUCGUGGAGAACUCGAAUAAAGUAUAUUUUCAUUUGAGUUUUUUACCAACCUGUGAAUCCUCCCUACUGAACAAUCAACAGUUGUUCCAAAUUCAGCAGUAUCUAUCUGAAGCCCUGUACAGAGAAGGAGCGUGCCAGCAGAAGUUGGAAUCCUUAGAAAAAUUGUUGGAGGCCACUGAGCACGCGUCCGAGGCAGCAUGGAAAGCCCUCGUUAAUGAAGAUAGACUGUUAUCUAGAAUCAUUUGUCGUUUUAAUAGAAUCGAGACACUCGAGGCUCAGCUGGCGACCUUUUCGAAGAAUGCAACACCAGAUAAGCUCAAGGAACGAAUCCGUGCUUUGAUCGACGAUAAUGCAAAGUUUGAGCUUACAUCUAAGGAGCAUCUUAGGUUUGUGCGUUGUGAUGUUUUAGUCCAUAUGAUAUGUUUCCUAUUCAAUUCUUUGUCGGGAUUUGUUGCAAUUUGA